AUGGUAGCGACAACAGACUGCGUGGAGAAGUCCAAACCCACCGCUGGAAACAAGGUGUCCAAACCGCUCAUGGAAAAGAAACGAAGAGCUCGCAUAAACAAAUGUUUGGACCAGUUAAAAACUCUUCUGGAGAGCUACUACAGCAGCAGUAUUCGAAAGCGUAAACUGGAAAAGGCCGACAUCCUGGAGCUGACUGUGAAACAUAUUAGAAACCUCCAAAAGAUCCAGAGCUGCACUGCCGCUGCUUCUGAGCUGUCCGAUUACCAAACCGGUUUCCGCAACUGCCUGGCAAACGUCAACCAAUACUUGCUGCUGGCAGACAACAUGAACGGAGGCGACCGCUGGAUGUUAUCGCAGCUCUCCAGUAAACUGUGCCGCUCUCGGGGAAGAGAGGAAGUCUUCAGCACCAUGGAGAGCAGCCCGGGCCCAGCUGAGGCACAUGACGAGGUGCAGAGACUCCUUCCAUCUGCAGCUGGACCUGAGGAGAGGAAAACGGUCAAAUCUAAAGCUAUGAAACCUCGGAGUGCAAACACGUCUCUUUUUUCAUCCAGUGAAGACGCACAGCGGUCAUCAGGAACCAAACAGGCCGGCCUUGCUGCAGCACCCAUACAAAAUCCCACCGAAAAGAGUUCCGGGAAUGAAGCUGCAAACACUCAGCACAAUGUAUGGAGGCCUUGGUGA